AUGGCGCUGAUGGGCGAGGCCUUUAUUCUUGGCACGGCGCCUGCGGCGCCUGCCACGAGGUUCUCCUCAAAGCCUCAGCGCGUAACGCGGGAGGUUCGGGAGCGAGGUGCGCCGUCGACACUUGCAUCGGCUGCCAUGGUGUUGGCGGCGGGCGUUGUGGCAAAGAGGCGGAUGGCAGACACGCGGGCGACCGCUGUGGCCACAAGGGGGAAGAAGAGAGUGCUUCCCAGGAUCGUAAAAUCGGCUGCGACGGCGACGGCACCUGUAGCGGCCAAUGUUGCUGGAUUGACAGGCCCAACAAUGAAGCUGGUGGUCUUCGGCGGCACCGGCUACAUCGGCCGUGCUGCGGUGAGCACAGCGGACGGGCAGCUGCAGGGCGUCUGGAAGGGGGAAGUCCGGGCCUUCCAGGGAAUCCCUUUCGCUCGGCCUCCCAUCGGGGAUCUGCGUCUGCGGCCUCCGGUGGCUAACCCGCCCUGGACGGGUCUCCGUGAUGCUUCGAGUGUCUCAAACCCAUGCUUUCAGCCGAAGACGGGCGGGUCGGAAGAUUGCCUGUACCUCAACGUCUACGCACCGAAGACGGCCUCCGGCGCAUUGCCCUGUCUUGUGUGGAUCCAUGGCGGGGCCUACGAAAUCGGCGUCGGUUGGGGUCAAAACGGAACGGCCCUAGCAGACUUCUACCAGCGCAGUGGCCAGCCGGCGGUAGUAGUGACCCUGAACUACCGGCUCAACGUCUUCGGCUUCCUUGGAAGUGAAGCGCUGCGCUCUCGCGACCCCGCGCACGGAUCCACUGGAAACUAUGGCAUCCAGGACCAGCGUCUGGCACUGCAGUGGGUGCAGCGCAACAUCGGAGCUUUCGGCGGCGAUCCGAGCAAGGUUAUGAUCUUCGGGCAAUCCGCCGGCGCGGGAAGUGUGUCCACACACCUAAGCUCCGAGAGGUCGAAGGGGCUCUUCUCUAGUGCCCUGAUGGAGUCGGGAGGAUUCAGCGGCUGGGACGUACAAACCAUGGCUGAAAGCGAGCGCUGGUAUAAGGAGCUGCUAAAGACAUCCGGGUGCAAGGAUGUGAAAUGCCUCGUGGACAUGGCUGGAAUUGAUCUGCUGACUGCGUACGAGAAGAUCCCGAACGGAAGGUGCUGCAAAAGUCUGCUCGGAUCACCCUUCAUUCCCUGGGCCCCAACAGUGGAUGGCGUGGAGUUGCUCGCUCAUCCUUACGAUCUUGUCACGGAGGGCAAGGUGCACAAGGUUCCUAUGGUCAUCGGCACCAACGCGGACGAUGGAGCUACCUUCGCCUACAAUGUGUCUGCCUCGAAAGAGUCCUUCAAAGCCACCUUCGAGCGACAGUUUGGUGCUUUGAUGGGCCCUCGGGCGACGUCCGAGCGCGCCGCAGCCUACCUCGAGGAGCCUCACCCGAGCGUAGCGAACCGGACCACGGCGUGGUGGGCCGAAGACCGGGAGGUUACGGAUCAGGACUUCGGCUGCCCCACGCACUGGGCCGCCGCUCACCUGGCCAAGCAAGGCUUUCACGUCUUCCAAUAUUUGUACUCCCACCCGGCCAAGGAGAAUUCCAUAACCUUCCAUUCUGAUGAGUUGAAGUAUGUGUUCACUGACCUCCCAGCGAAUGCCACGGUGGAAGAGUUGAACCUCUCGACGCACAUCGCGACGUACUGGAAUCGACUAGCUGCCCAUGGGAACCCGUCCUGGGGAGCCAUCCCCUCUUGGCCCAAAACUGAGCUCGACGAGCAGGGGGUGGCUCGACCAUACUUGAAGCUGGACGUGGCGAGUGCCGGGGGCAUCCAGGUGAUCAAUGAGUCCUUCCGGCCAGAGCAGUGCGCCUUCAUGAGUGCUUGGCUGAGCCGGGCAAUUAAGCCCCCAGAAGAGCUGACUCUGGUGGUGUGA